ACUUCCUCCCCCGCUUUCGGCAGCCCCAGCCCCCCGAGCUCGCCUUCACCGUCACCCUCCCUGAAAAGAAGCCCCCGCCGCCGCCGAAACCGAAGGUCGCCCCAUCCCCGCCUAGGAAAAACCCCGGCCCCGUCAAGUACCGGUUGAAGUUUCGCUUCGGGUAG